UUUUGUUUUUUUGCUGAAAAACUAUUUUCCUCUGACGAAAGAAUAGACAUUUUUUAAACGCUGUAUCUAAAUAUUGUUAGUAAGCACACGUCGGAAGUAAAUUUACAAUUGGACAAAGCAAUGUUUUAAUUUUAAAUAACUGUAAAUAAUGAGAUAAAUUUAAUAUUACAAGCGUCGGCAAGCUGUAGUCGUAAAAAUUUUGAUAAAUGAACCGUCAAGCCAAGCCGAUACGUGAAGAUGUGUUCCUUCUUGUGUUGCUGAUGUGGUGUGUAGUGAAUGGUGUGCUGAGUUCGUUGUUUACCGACGGGACCGUGGUCGUAGAAUGGCAGGUAGAUGCAGGAAAGGGCGUGGCUUGCACUGUGAGUACUGACUGGAACCAAACGUCACAGUUGGACUACUCGAAUGACUUGUACGAGGUGGACCCGACCUCCAUGGCCAACAUGGCGGAGCAGUGCAAACUUCUGCAGGGCAAGGACGCUAAUCAAGUUCACAGGAUAUGGAGGCGGAGCAUCAUUAACAUAUUGGAUGGCAUUUAUCCAGGCACCAAAUGGUGUGGUCACGGUAACCUGGCCAGCAACGUGUCGGACAUCGGCUACUACAACUUGACUGACGUCUGCUGUCGGGAGCACGACCACUGUGACGAGUACAUCUUGCCAGGCGAGACGAAGUUCGGCGUCCAUAACGACCAGCAGUACACAAUAUGCAGUUGUGCCUGUGAUAAAAAAUUUCGGAAGUGUCUCCAAAAGGUGGGCACGUUCACCUCGCGAGCUGUCGGCUCCCUGUUCUUCAAUGUGGUCGGGAUUCACUGUAUAGAAACCAGGACCAUCUCUUUGGCUGGGUUUGUUCUUGGAAAAAGAGCAACACUUUACCCGCCAGAACCAUACAACCAAGAGGCUAAAGUCCACACGUUUAAUGAAGUUCUAGCCGGCAAUGUCAGCGUGACCAGCUGGCUCGGGUCAUUGUUUGGUGGGAAAUAAAAAUAAAAACCUGCAAUACAAUGUCUGGUUUUUUUUUAAAGGAACAAUAA